AUGAUUCGGUACACAGAGGAAGAACUUUUCCAAUUGAAGCCAGUUUCGGACCUCCCAGUCAACUUUGACGCUGAGGAAUUUAGAGCGAUCAUCGACAAAGUCAAGGAAAUCCAGGAAUUACAAGAAGAAGAGUACCAACAGUUCCAUCGUAGAAGAUCUUCCCACCAUCAUGGAAGACCUAAGAUUAAGCAUUUAAAGCCCAAAAUUACCACUGAUGCCGAUGGUUGGUCGACUUUUGAAGCUCCUGUAGUGAGAAGGAAGUCGACAGUUGUGGGCGCUGGGAGUGAUGAUGAGGUUGCCGUCAAGGAACCAGUUGUCAUUGCACAGGAAACUCUGAAGGUCAAACCAAACAAUAAAAACAUUGCGUCCACACGGCCUGCCGACACGAGAGAUAUCGUUGCAGAUAAACCCACCAUGAAUUUUAAUGCUUUUGCGGCACUGGAAAGUGACGAAGAGGACGUUGAGGAUUAA